AUGAGCUCACAGCUUGGGGCAAGCUCUCAGGUCAGUCAGCCCAAUAACCAGACGCAGUCAGCGAACCAGAAAAAUGAACCACCCCACACCCCCGAGGAUGAUGACCACCCACUUCUCUUUUCGGGCUCCAGUUCCGCGAAGGAUCCUGUUUCUGAUAAGGACCCUGCUUUUGAGAAGGACGCCAGCUCUGGGGAGGAUACCGAUUCGAAAAAGGAUGUCAGCUCUGAGGAGGACGCUGACCCUGAGAAGGACUCAGGCCACGGGGAGUGCUCAGGUCACGAGGAAGAUGCCGCUUCCGAGGUAAACGCCGAUUCUAGGGAGGGCUCCGGUUCUGUAACCUCCAGUCCAGGAAGACUGGCCCAUGUUUUCAGGGCGGUGCGGGAUGACGGUGAAGUGAGACUUGCCUGCCCUUGGGAGGAAGGUUACCUUGAUCUUCCAGGCGGGCCUCUUCGGCCUCCUGGCAAAAUCUUCAAUCCUUUCGAUCCCGGUUGGAAUCUUGCUCGCAACAGAACGGAUGCGCUUGGCUAUCCCUAUUGGUAUUUCGAUGACCCUAAACUGGACAACAACACUGGGUACAGAUUCUGGAGACAAGCUUGA